CCCAACAUGGCCCCCAGAGAAAAUUUCAUGAAGACUGUACAUGUACGUGUCGGACUUCGACAGCCACGAGGUACACAGAUAUUCUCAAUUACUUAGAUGUGCCAAAACAAAACUAUCGUGUCUUCUCUUCGUUUAGAGUUCUAGCUCAAAAGCAGAGAUUAGAGGGUCCUCGCUUCUCCGUAGUGGUAAAGCACUUUGUAGUGAAUGACUUGCUCGUCUUUCUCCAACAAAGUCUUUCUCGCUUGACUCUUCUCUCAUGGACAUCGUCGUGUUCCGUUUUUCCUUCUCUCGUAGUGGAUCAGUCGGCCUCUUGACAUGGAUCCAAACACUGUGACGCCUCAAGUUUGCUUUCGAAUAUUGUGGGUAUAUUGAACUGUUCGUCAAUGAUGGUCCAAUGACUUGUUCCAUGUUCCCGGUAAUACAAAAUGCACUCAGCCGUGAUUUCCCUCGGCAAUGGUGGCAACAGUUUCUCCAAUGGCAACUCCGCCCGUUCUGACAUGAACAGUAGACACAUGCAUCCGGACGAGGAUAUCGAGGACGACGAGGAUGACCUUGAUCAUGCCCUGGUGGGAGGCAUGGAUAGUGGUGGAACAUCAGAUCCCAAGGAUCUGAGACAAAUCGAAAAGUUGAAGAAGGACAAAGUGAAGGCAUUCGAGGAGAUCGAACGUUACAAGCGGCUCAUUACUUAUGCCAUUAUUCUGACUUUCUUCUGCUUCUGUUUUGGUUGUACCAUGAUGGUAUGGAAGCUCACCGAAUCCAAAGAUGACUUUGCCACCCUGCAUGCGAAACUCCUUCAAACGCCUCGUGAGAAACCCAGGCUCUGUUACUCUGUGUAUCCGAAGGCCAUUCACAAGAAUUUUACAACCGAAGAUGUGGGUGAACCAUUGUUCUUGACCCCGCUCAUUGAGGCCGGUGAAUUUGAAGAGGCCGAGCACCGAUCACGAGUUCACUUCAUCCUGCAAAGCGAGCGCAGCUAUUCCGGUUAUUUGACCGUGAACAAAACUUUCGGCUCCAAUUUGUUUUUCUGGUAUUUUCCAGCUUCAAAGCCGGACAUCAAAGGCGACAUUCCGUUGAUUGUGUGGCUUCAAGGUGGCCCUGGCUGGCCAUCCGUGUACGGCCUUUUCAAGGAAAAUGGACCUUUCCUCAUGGGGUGGGACGAUGAGAACUCGAAUCCCUAUCUCAUUCCCAACCGCUUCAGUUGGACCAAAUCGCAUCACAUGCUUUACAUCGACAGUCCAGUGGGAACGGGCUUCAGUUUCACCGAAGAUGAAGAAGGUUACGCCCGUGCCGAUAAAGAUGUGGCCGUUGACCUUCUGGAGGCCCUCUCGCAAUUCAUGAAGGUCUUUCCCCACUUCACCAAAGGUCAGACGGCCGAGUCGACACGAGUGUUUGCCUUUGGCGAAUCCUACGGUGGAUCCUACGUGGUGAGCUUGGCCCACAAGUACCUGGAAUUGAAACGCCAGCCUGAUCAGUUCGCCGACUUGUUGACCCGACUUGAUUUCAGAGGCAUCGGCAUUGGCAACGGGUUCUUGAGUGCCCUGGAGCAGAGCCAAUACGCUGACUUCGUGUCCAAUCUGGGCUACGUCAGUCCGGAACAAUACCGGACGCUCAAGGCGUUUGAUGAGGACAUCCCGAAGGCCAUUCAAGGCGAGGGCGAUAUGGAGAGCUUUCAAAAAGCACUGAUCUACUUCACCACGGAAGUGAUGAAUCUGACCAACAUCUACGAUUUCACGUUCGGUAGCAAUUACUUGACCAAUCACGAAUACAUCUGUUUCCUCCAACAAGAACAUGUCCGUCGAGGAAUCAAUGUGGGCACGCGACGAUUCUACGACGAUUUCCUCUCCUCAGAUUACUUGGGAAAAGCCGUGAUGUAUAGUAAGAAGUCCUGGCUCAAUGACAUCUUGAAUGAGGGCUCGAUCGAGGUUCUGGUCUACAAUGGCAAUCUUGAUGUAAUUGUCAACGUUCCGGGAACCAACAAGGUGAUCAACUCGCUAGAAUGGAAAAGGAAAUCUCGUUUUGGUAAGCGGAAGAUCUUCUGGGUGUGGAACGAAGACACGAAAGCUCAUGAAUUGGCCGGCCACGUAGCUCAGGGAGGGGGGUUGACCUACGUGAUUGUUCGUAAUGCUGGCCACAUGGUGCCCAUCUCGCAACCUUUGUGGGCCCAAAGCCUGGCCAAAGAGUUUGUGCACAAGAAUGCAUCCCAUCGAUUCCGACCUCCCAAGAAAAUGACACAACGCGUGUAUGCAGCAUUUAUGAAUUGCUGAAAGCCUUUCUUCCCGGUCUCAUCUUUGACGUCUUGAUAUAUAUUUAUAGAAUAGAAUCGUGUUGUUUCUGGGUAA